CACAGUUCUUCCCAUUCCCAAAAUUUCAAUUUCAACCAUAUCGAAAUUCGAAAGCAAUCAAACAAGGGGUUUAGGGUUUUUGGGCUCAAUCAAAUUCCAAGCUUGCUGCUAAAACCUCUAUGCACAAAAGCAACAAUGAGCGCAAAAAUGACGGCCUUUACAACUAGUCUUCACAACCUUCCUUCCACCGUAGCUCCGCCUUCAAACCGUCGCCCCUUCUCCAUCCCCAGUAUUUCUCGUUCAUCUUCAGUAUGGAACAAAGCUUCGUUUCGGAUCCAAAGGGCGCCAAAUGUCUUUUUUGUGGGUGAUUCAAAGAGGAGAAAGACCAAAGAGCCCUCAAGUAGAGGAGGGUAUCUCAUGUGUGCAAUUAAUGAUGCCAAAUUAAAGAUCACAGAUCAAAAUGUUAGUGAUAUCAAUGGAGUCGAACCAUUUAGAGGUAAAUCAGGAUCUGUUUCAUUCAUUGGGUUGACUCACCAAUUAAUUGAAGAAGGGAAAUUGGUGUCAACACCUUUCAAAGAUAAUCGGUCUUUGCUUUGGGUUGUGGGCCCUAUAGCUUUGAUCUCAUCCAUUUUGAUCCCACAAUUUUUCGGCUUAUUCAGUGAAGAGCUUCUUAAAGAUGUGGUUCUUACAGAGAUUGUGUUCACAGCUGCUUCAGAAAUCAUGUUUUACAUUGGUUUAGCAACGUUUCUCCUUGUUACUGACAAAGUACAAAAACCCUAUUUGCAAUAUAGCAUGAAAAGAUGGAGCCUAAUAACGGGAUUUAGAGGAUACUUAACAUCGGCAUUUUUUGUGAUGGGGUUUAAAGUUAUCGCACCUCUAUUUGCUGCAUUUGUCACUUGGCCUUUACUUGGUUUGGCUGGAGUGGUUUCUGUCACUCCUUACUUAGUUGGAUGUUUUGUCCAAUUUAUAUUCGAAAAAGUUCUUGAAAAACGUCAAUCGUCAUGUUGGCCUCUCGUCCCUAUUGUGUUCGAGGUUUAUAGGCUGUACCAGUUGAACAAAGCUAUGCAUUUCAUUGAGAAGUUGAUGUUCACAAUGAGGGGCCUACCAAAGUCGCCGGAAUUGAUGGAGAAGGGUGGUGCAUUGGCGGCAAUGAUAGUGACUUUUGAAGUUCUUGCGGUGGUUUGCAUCUGGUCUUUUUUGACUUUUGUACAAAGGCUUUUUCCUUCUAGACCUGUUGCUGAGAACUAUUGAGCUGAUUUUUGUAAAGGGUGUUGUCUAACUGUGUUUUGUUAUAUUUUUCUGAACCUCCA